GUUUAACUAAAUAUUCAACACUAUCGCAGGCUCAUAUAUGAUAAUUAGUAAAAAUCAAAUACCCGUAAUAUCAGAAUGUGUGUGUGAUUCUUAUGGUGAAGUUUGAUUUAUAAGCACAAUGUAUUUGCUAUGUCUGUUCCUGUUAGCCACCGUCAGUGCCGAUGUGGUCCCGAGCCAGCCACCAGUGGAGCCCCCACUGCGAUACGACAUGCCGCCGCCGCCUGAAACAGCUCGCAUGAGCACCCGCAACGUCUUCCAGACCUUCAUCAGCAUGCCACUGGACCACUUUAAUCCGCAGAACUCGGACACGUUUAUGAUGCGUUACAUGUUCAACGAGCAAUUCUUCGGCGGCCCUGGCUCGCCAGUGUUCAUCCUUGUGGGCGGAGAGUGGGACAUCGCUGCGGGAUGGCUGCUCGCUGGCAACAUGUUCGAGAUGGCUCGCGAGAACCAUGGGUAUAUGGUGUACACUGAGCAUCGGUAUUAUGGCCAGACUGUGCCUUACACAAACUUUACCACCGAAAACCUGCGCUUCCUAAACGUGGACCAAGCCCUGGCCGACCUCGCCUACUUCAUCCAAAACAUGAAGCAAUCGCCACAAUUCGCCGACAGCAAGUUCAUCCUCUAUGGAGGCUCCUAUGCUGCCAAUAUGGUGCUGUGGUUCAAACAACGGUACCCUCACUUGGUCGUGGGAACAGUCGCGUCGAGUGGACCUAUUAAAGGAGAAGUUGACUUCACUGGAUAUUUGGAAGUCGUGCACGACGCAUUUCUAGCGGAAGGCGGCGAACAGUGCAUAUCGACCAUCAGGCAAGGCAUCUUGGACACCGUGGAGGCGCUGAAGACAGAGGAAGGUCGGCGUGAAUUAGAACAGGCAUAUCGAUUAUGUUCGCCGCUUCUAGACUACGACGACGUUUACGAACUAGGAUACUUCUCCGGUCUGAUCAGCUGGAGAUUCUCCGGCAGCGUGCAGUCGGCUCGCCCAGGCGUCCUUCAAGCCAUCUGCAAUAACUUUGCUGGAAAUAUCUAUGGCACCACCCCAAUGCAGAAGAUUGGGGGUUACAUCGCCCAAACCGCCGGUUUGCAAACAUGCUGGACUAUAGAAUACUCUAUACUGUUAGGUACCUACAGUAACCCUAGAUCAAACUCUCGAGCUUGGUACUACCAGACUUGUACCGAAUACGGGUACUAUCAAACCGCGCCCAGAAGUGGCACAGUAUUUGACCCCUUAAUAUGGCUCAGCGUCGAUUUCUACGUCGACAUUUGCAAACAGGUUUUUUCCGAGAGAUUCGAUAAGGAGUUUGUCUACGACGCAGUGGAGCGAGUGAACCUUAUAUUCGGCGGUUUACAACCAAACGUGAACAACACCAUCAACAUUCACGGGACGUAUGACCCGUGGCACGCCCUGGGUGUCUUCGAACACGAUCUCAAGGAAAACUCACCUACUAUUACAGUUCCUAGGGCAUCCCACUGCUUCGACAUGCAAGGCUGGUUGAACACAGACACCAUCCGAAUGACGCAGACGAAGCAGGAGGCGCGACGCAUCGUGGCGUCCUGGCUCAACUAAACAAAUUUAAAGUGGCAACACUAGUUUAUGCUCAUUUCAAGUCAACAAAAUUAAAUAAUACUGCUACAAUGUUGCCACUUUUUUAAUUUUUACAAUUGCAUAUCGGACUGAAGUCUGGCAAAAAAAGUGGCAUAGUAGUGUCGACCCCAUUUCUCACGUAAAUUCAUUAGGAAGGGGUGGCACUAGUGUUGCCACUUUUUAAUUUCUAUUCUAUUUUUUGCCUUGUAGCAAAUUAUGUCGUGACACUAGUCUCCUGUUAAUGCCGUGUAUUUCGGCAAUCUUGCUUUGUGAUUGACAACUUUAAAAAACAAAGAAUAUUUGGUGUUUUGAAUAUUGGUCUUAGAAAAUGUAUGUAUGUAUUUGUCAAUCACCUAGCAAUACAUAUACUAGUACAAGGUACCCCAUUAGAUGCACUUUCAAUCUUGUCAUUGUCAAUAAAGGGUAGCGUGUCGAGCACUGCUACCUUUACCUUAUUCCUAAUUUCAAUGAAUGAUUACAUUUUUAAGUGUAAAUA